AAUUUCUAUGAAAUGCCUCUCUCAAUCUCUCUGAUUACAGAUACAGUCAUGACUCCCUCAGUGCGUUUACAGGAAAUGAUCCGGGUCAUCCGAAGUGCCCGGACGCAAGGUGAGGAGAGGGGCAUCAUCCAAAAAGAGUGUGCAGAUAUCCGAGCACAGUUUCGCCAGGGUGACAAUGGGGAGCGUUCGCACAGCCUGGCAAAACUACUCUACGUGCACAUGCUGGGCUACCCUGCGCACUUCGGCCAGAUGGAGUGUGUACGUCUGAUUGCCAGCCCCAGGUACAGCGAGAAGCGGAUUGGUUACCUGGGAGCCAUGAUGCUCCUAGAUGAGAAACAGGAUGCUAGUUUACUGAUCACCAACUCAAUCAAGAAUGACCUUUCCCACAGCAGUCAGUAUGUUCAGUCUCUGGCUCUAUGCACUCUGGCCUGCAUGGGUUCAGCUGAGAUGUGUCGAGAUCUGGCACCAGAGAUUGAACGGCUCCUCAGGGCAUCUAAUUCUUAUAUCAAGAAAAAGGCCACGCUGUGUGCCGUCCACAUAAUAAGAAAGGUCCCAGAGCUUGCAGAGCUGUUUACUCCUUCAGCAAGGUCUCUGCUCUCUGAAAAGAACCAUGGGGUUUUGCAUGGGGCUGUAGUUCUUAUCACUGAAUUGUGUGAGCAUAAUCCUGACACUCUUGAUCAGUUCCGCAAGGCUGUUCCUGAACUGGUUCAGAUUAUGAAAGGUCUUGUGACAUCCAGUUAUUCUCCUGAGCACAAUGUAGCUGGUAUCAGCGACCCUUUUCUACAGGUUCGCAUUCUUAGAUUGCUAAGAAUCCUGGGCCACAAUAAUGACACCGCUAGUGAUGCCAUGAAUGACUUGUUGGCACAGGUGGCUACAAAUACAGACAGCAGUAAGACUGCAGGCAGCGCUGUGCUGUAUGAAACAGUCCUAACUAUCAUGGACAUCAACUCAGAGAGCGGGCUUAGGUAUGCCCCGCCUUCUGGUUUCUACUGCAGUCGUGCAUUGGAACUGUCACUUGCCCUUGUGUCUGCUGUGAACAUUCGCUCAAUGAUGAAGGAGCUGCUAAUUUUUCUUUCAACCUGUCCCCCAGAGCUUCGAUCUCAAACCACUUCUGGCAUCUUCAACGCUGCUGAAAGGUAUUCCCCUUCUAAGCGCUGGCACAUUGAUACCAUCCUGCAUGUACUCACCACGGCGGGGGGCGAUGUAAGAGAUGAGACUGUGCCCAACCUAAUCCAACUCAUCACUACUGCAUCUGAGCUUCACUGUUACACUGUUCACAAACUCUAUCGAGCACUUGUAAAAGAUAUUUCACAGCAACCCUUGGUCCAAGUUGCAUGCUGGUGUAUAGGAGAAUAUGGAGACCUGCUGCUGAAGGGCGAGUGUGAGGAGAUUGAGCCUGUGCAGGUUACUGAGGAUGACGUCCUGGAUGCCUUGGAAACAGUUCUACAGUCUCACAUGUCAUCGCCCGCAACCAGAGGCUUCGCACUCACUGCUACCAUGAAGCUGAGCACUCGUAUCACAGACAAUGUCGACCGAAUCAGAAGUAUUGUCAGUAUCUACGGCAGCUGCAUUGACCUGGAACUUCAGCAGAGAGCGGUCGAAUAUAAUGCACUCUUUAAGAAAUAUGACCACAUGAGAGCUGCAGUAUUGGAGAGAAUGCCUGUGAUGGAUAAGAACUCACCUGGCCACACUAAUGGAGACACAUCAGGAGAAAAUAAGGAGCCUGACCCAUCCAAACCCAAACCAGUUGAGGCAGGUUUGCUCUCAGAACCAGCAAGCCAGGUGUGUGACCUUUUGGAUCUCUUGGGUGGGACGGACACACCUCUUCAGCCCAACCCUGCCCCAACCAGCACUCCAACAACUACCUCUAGCGCAGAUCUUCUUGACCUGCUGGGAGGACUGGAGCCGACACCAGUUCUCACUGAGACUAUGAGAGUCUAUGAGAAGAAUGGAUUGAGCCUGGAGAUCCAAUGUGACAAACAAACAGAAACCGAGGUCAUGGUCACCCUUAUUGGCUCUAACUCUACUCAGAAUGACAUCACCAACUUCAAUCUUCAAGCAGCAGUGCCAAAGAGUGUUCAGCUGCAAAUGAAGGCUCCGAGUGGUAAUGUGAUUCCAGCACAUGGCCUUGGUCAAGUCACACAGACUGUUGUACUCAACAAUCCUAACAAGGUCAGCCUUAAGAUACGGAUCCGAGUGUCUUACUCAAAUCAGGGUGCAAUGCAUCAGGACACAGUACAAAUUGACUCCUUUCCUAGCCCAGCCUGUCAGCCAUCAAUCAGCCCUUUGUGACACCUACACGAGUCCAGCAUCUCCAUGACUGUCUUUUCCAUUAAGAUGGAAAUUUAAGGAAAUAGGCAGCUGUCUGUCAACCUCUCUAUUAUGGACUAAAUGCUGUCCCAGCACAGAUUCGUUACAAUGGGUUUUUAUGAAGUGUUAUCUUGGUUUGAAUUGUCUAGAACAAAGUGUGGUUUCAUGUGCUGUCGUUACUGCGCAAGAUUAAACAGUCAAACAAAUGUUCACUAUUAUUAGAUAAGAUCCUUUAUGCACGGUCUCUAAAUAAGUUGAACUUGAAUUACUGGCAUCCUUCAUGUGUACCUCCGUAACUGAUUCUGGGAACAAACAACAUGAGCUGUGAGGUCAGUUGAGCUCCAAUUGCAUUACUGUUAUCAUUACUGUUACCUUUCUCGUCAUCAUUUUUUGCCAUUUUACCUUUUCCUCUCAAAGUCUCGAGAUAUACCUAGAGCACCAUUGUAUCAUUUUAUUGACGGUGAAUGUGAACUCACAUAUUUAGAAUGUACGAUUCAAAUUUCUCAACCUCAUUGUGUGUGUGUGAAACCAUAAAUAUCCAUUGUUUAUUCUUCUUUCAUCCAAACAAAAUACAAUAAAUCAUAUAUACGG